AGCAGGCUGGCGGGGCGCCGGGCCGGGCGGGAGGCGUGGUGAGCCGGGGAAGGAGCCAGUUUCCUGCUUCCCCGCUCGCAGCCGGGCGGCGGCAGGCGCUCCUCGCCCCCCCAUCCAUCUAUCCAUCCAGCCGUCCACCCACCCAUCCAUCCAUCUCUCCAUCCACACGCACACCCCCCGCCCGCCCGCCCGCCGCCCUCCAUGGGCCGGCGCUGCCGGCGCUGAGCGCCGGGAGGCAGCGCCCGGCUGCCGCGAUGAGCGGCGGGGAGGUGGUGUGCUCGGGCUGGCUCCGAAAGUCACCGCCGGAGAAGAAGUUACGGAGAUACGCAUGGAAGAAACGCUGGUUCGUCCUGCGCAGCGGUCGGAUGAGUGGCGACCCCGACGUCCUGGAGUACUACAAAAAUGACCACUCCAAGAAACCUUUGCGUGUGAUCAACCUCAAUUUCUGCGAGCAAGUGGAUGCGGGCCUGACCUUCAACAAAAAGGAGCUGCAAGACAGCUACAUCUUCGACAUCAAGACCAGUGACAGGACCUUCUACCUGGUGGCCGAGACAGAGGACGACAUGAACAAGUGGGUUCGCAGCAUCUGCCAGAUCUGCGGUUUCAACCAGUCCGAGGAGAACACAGAUACCCUGAGGACCAUCGCCUCCAUGAACCAUGCGCCACGGUCCUCCCCAGCAGAGCUCAGCGGUGCCAGCCAUCACCUGCUGCGAGAGCGCAAGUCCUCAGCGCCGUCCCACUCCAGCCAGCCUACCUUGUUCACCUUUGACUCGCCUGCCAGCCACCUCCAGAGCACCCUGUCCGCCAGCGCCCCUCAAGACUACCUUUUCCUCCACCAGUGUAUGAGCAGAAAGUCAGAAACCGCAAGGAGUGCCAGCUUCUCCCAAGCCACAAGGUCCGCCUUCUUCAUGCGGAGUGAUACAGCGGUCCAGAAGCUCUCACAGGGCAACGGGCACUGCGUGAACGGGGUCAGUGGGCAGCUCCAUGGCUUUUACAGCCUGCCAAAACCCAGCCGGCACAACUCAGAUUUCAGGGACAGUGCAUAUGACCUCCCACGCACCUUUGGUUCCUACACUCACCCCAAGUCGAGCUUCACCAGCUCUGAAACGGAUAACGAGGAGGUCUACACCUACAAGACUCCCAACAACACUCUAUGCAAGGAGUUUGGCGAGCUCUCCACGGACUCCUAUGACAUCCCUGCCACCCCACUGUCCAUCUACCAGAUCCCCAGGACAUUUACAUUGGACAAGAACCACAAUGCUCUGGCCGUGGCUGCCAGCGACUCGCCUGCCGCACCACCCCCACGGCCCCCCAAACCCGGGCAAACAGAGCCACAGUGGGGCAGCCCACCCCAGCGGCCCCAGCCCAGUGAAAGCUUAGGGCUGGCCCCCAUGGCAGCCACCAUUCCCCGCAGAAACACACUGCCAGCAGUGGAGAACAGCAGGCUGCACCGAGCUUCUUCUUGUGAGACGUAUGAAUACCCCCCGCAUGGAGGCAGCAGUGCUGUGCAGUCAGUCGAGUCGAUGAACGAUGGGUACAACUCCUACCUGCAAGCCAAGGCAGCAGUGGCCCGCUCCCACAGCACUGACUCCGAGGACAACUACGUCCCCAUGAACCCCGGUUCCUCGCCCCUGAUCCACACUGAGAAAGCCAACGACAAUGCCCAAAAUCUCUACAUCCCUAUGAGCCCCGGGCCGCAUCACUUUGACCUGGUGGGGUUGUCCUCAGCCACCCUCCCCGUGCAUAAAGGAGGAGCCAUGGCACAGUGCCACAGACGGUUGAGUGAAAUCCAACCCCCACCAGUCAACCGCAACCUCAAACCCGACCGGAAAGCAAAGCCAUCGCCACUGGACCUGAGGAACAACACUGUCAUCGAUGAGCUUCCCUUCAAAUCGCCAGUCACAAAAUCCUGGUCCAGGCCAACCCAGAGCUUCAACGCCGGCUCUUUGCAAUAUUGUCGCCCUGUCUCCUCCCAGAGCAUCACCAGCACUGACUCGGGAGACAGCGAGGAGAACUACGUGGCAAUGCAAAACCCCAUUUCUGCUUCUCCUGUUCCUAGUGGCACCAACAGCCCAGCACCUAAAAAGAGUUCGGGGAGUGUGGAUUAUCUGGCCCUGGACUUCCAGCCAAGCUCACCAGGGCCACACAGAAAGCCCUCCACCUCGUCGGUCGCCUCGGAUGAGAAGGUUGAUUACGUGCAAGUGGACAAGGAGAAGACACAAGCGCUGCAGAGCACCAUGCAGGAGUGGACCGACGUGCGGCAGUCCUCAGAGCCCACCAAGAGCAUGAAGCAGUAGCAUCUGGGGCAGGCAGUGAAACAAGCAAAUGUCCCGGCAGUUUUCCCCAUCUGGGGCCCCACCGGGCUGCCAGCUCCACUUGGGCUGGGUUUCUAAGACUUGUCUGCAGAGGGGAGGGGAUCUUCAUUAUUUUUUCCUUUUAAGACAAAAAGAAACUUAAUUUCAGGGGAAGAUUUGGCAGAUACUGUUUGCCAGUGAUAAAGCCCAACUAUGUUCGGUGGCUAGGUUUGUGCUUUAGCUGCUGGAUGCGCUAUCCAGGAACUUUGACUUAGCAAUACCAGGUUUCACCCUACACAUCUUUUGCUUACAGCUGUUAAAGCCACCUUGUAUGUGGUAACACUGCAUCAUCUCUCCCCGUCUUCUUCCAUACCAUACCCCCAAACCAUGCCAUGCAGGUUUGCAGCAUCUCUCAUAGGACGUCAUUCCCCAGCUCCGAUUCCUCAUUCUUUAUGGUUGCUCUCCUCUCUGCCUCCUCCCAAACCCAAAACUGAGCAAGCACCAUUCCUUUUGAAAUCAUUUUCAUUGUCCCAUAUCUUGUAAAUAAUAUGUUCAAAACCUUUGAGGACUAUUCUCCUCCUGGCAGGACAGCCCCCAUUUUUUAGUUGUGGUUGUUAACCUUCAGGAGCUUGAAGAGCAUCCAGACUGUCCCAUUGACCUGACUUGGAAGCCCAGGACUUGCCCUAUCAUACACACACAUAUAUGCCUGCACAUGCUCACACACAUGCACGCAUGCAUCAAACAGCAAGGUUUGUUGGGACAUCUUCUGCUGUUGGUGCUCUCCAGCAUCUCUCAAAGUCAAUGGACUGGAGAGAUUGGCUUUGGAUGACAGAAUUUAAGCCCUAACCCACCGCCUAUUUGAAACCAAUUGCCUGUGAAUCUGGCCCAGAACCAAAAUCUGCCCUUUGUGGCACCAAAAGAAGCCCAUAGAGUGAGAGUCGUACAUCCGUGGCCUCUGUGGUUGAGUACGAGGAGCACAGGGAGGCUCUGGAAACCCUGUAUAUCUGGACUGGCACAAGAAUGAGUGACAGGGGGGAGUGGGAGGCUGUUGCAAGGAUGAGAAGGUAGAUGCUGUACUGCAGAGGUUGGUCUUGGGCAAGGAGGUCUGGUGGGGUGUAUCUUGGAGACAGGAAUAGAGUAAUUGAAAUGUUGGCUGAUGGUGAGGCCUUAGACUUGGGAAGAAGCUGGUCAGGAGAGACAGGGCAAGGUGUUUCAAUUUUAGUUUUAAUGUAGCACUAUGGUUGGUUUGUGGCGGGGGCCACAUCUUCACAUCUUCCACAAUGUUUCUUCAACACAGAAAUGGGACUUGUUGACGUUAAUGACCCUAGGCUCUAAUUAUGGAUGUGAAUCUGCUGUUGCCCCUUGCCAGCAUCCUUGACACAUCCAGGCUUCGAUAUUGAGGCUGGACUAGAUAUUUUCUCCCCAUUUUCAGCAAUGUUUCUUCAACACAGAAAUGGGACUUGUUGACGUUAAUGACCCUAGGCUCUAAUUAUGGAUGCGAAUCUGCUGUUGCCCCUUGCCAGCAUCCUUGACACGUCCAGGCUUUGGGAUUGCUCCCCAGGCAGCUGCCAGGCGCAGAGAGCUGAGAAGGAAGAGACAGUUUAUUGCAGAGAUAAUAAUUCAUGAUCUCAUGAAAACAGGAAGGACUAAUGAUUGCCAUGGAGCAGCCUGAUUGCCAGACAGCAAGCAUUGACAUGGAUAAACAGGCCAACCGCAAACCGAAAGCCAAACAAAGGAGACAUUAGAAAGAUUAGGUAAUAAUAUUUAUUAAACAGCUGGAGCUAUUCUUUCUGCAAGCUGAACCCCUCCCAACGCCAUGGGCUCUACAUUCCACCAACACCACCAAGUUGUAUUGAUUAUUGAUGCUUAAGUGUUAACACAUUUGUUUAAGCUUGGCCUGAGUUUGGAAAGGGCCAGACGUCACCCACACAGGGAUAGGAUAACAGUCCCUUAAGGGCUGUGUGCUGGUAAAAUAAGUCUUGAACACCAGUUUACAUUUUCUUCUCACAUUCCAUGAAAGGAAAGGAUAUUAAUGGAAAAGCUCUGACAAAGCUUUAAAGACAUUGAAGUGUUGGCCUUUUACAGAAAUAAUGAAGCAAAUAUUCUAAUGCUUAUGGUAAAAAUAAUAAUCAUCUAGUACAGAAAAAAAAAAAGACCCAAAGGGGAAGACUUAGCACAGCCAGAUGCUUUCUGAUGGUCGAGGAGUGUGUUACAGCCUGCAAGGGCCUUUGCCUCUCAUUGGGGGCUUGCACGCUUGCAUGGUGAGAUAAUGAAAUGAAGACCAGAGUGCAGUGCUUCGUAUUUCUAUAGACCCUUUCAUCACUGCAUCUCAGGGGAGACUAAUCAUUGGGCCUGAUCCAGAGCCCACUGAAGUGUGCGUUCACCCGGCUGGGAACGAACUCCCCAUCCCCACUAAAAAGCGAAUGUAACUCAGGUGGGAAGCUGUUUUUUUCCUAUUUCAUCCUCUAAACUGCUAGGUGGACACAAAGGAAGAUGAGAAAAUGGCCCCUCCAAACUAAGUAGCAGCCUGUAGACUCUAUGAAUUGCCAUAUAGACAUGACUAUAUCAACCCCUCCUGAAAGCCGUUAAGUAAUCAAUGGCUGCAGUGGAAACAGUCAUUCCUGAUAGCUGCCGAGCUGAUUACAGCAGUCCCUGAUGAUUAAUGUUUGUGCAGUAUUUAGUCUUAAACCAUAUUGAAAAGCAGCUGGUUUAAUUACACGGACUGCCAAGAACUUUGUCCUGAAGGCAUUGAGUUUAUCACAUCCACUCUAUACUUGGAUGCUCAAGUAUGACUGACUCUUUUGUUAGAUAUAGGUAUUUUAGGAAGCUGAGAACAUUGCAAAUGAUUCAUUUUAAUUGCAAUUAAAAUGGCUUGAGUCUUCACGUCAGAGCCUGCUCUUCAGCUCUGUGGUCCCAUUUAAGAAAAGGGAUGUGCCUGCAUGUGUGUGUGCUCAUGGAGAAGGGUUGUCUGUGGAACAAGCAUUAUGACCUCAAUAUUUAGUUUUAUGAAGUACUAGGAUCAUGGCUCAAAGCUCUCCCCAAGCUUUAAAAUCACUAAGCUGGUGGUUUUAAAAAGCAGAAGUCUCCAAAGGUAUGAAUCCCUUGCUGUAAGUGUGUGACUGCUGCUUACGUUUCCUCUGGCUGGUGAGAUGUGUGAGCUGCCUUGGAGCUGAUUUCCUCUGAACUUACAUUUGAGUCUUUGGUGGGAAAUACAUUUCCAGCUCUAAAUGGAUGCCAGGCUUAGGCUUAGUUUCAAGUCAGGGAAGAAAAAACAGGUGUGAGUGCAGAUUGUGCCAGGGCAAAGCUGAGUGUCUGGCAGACAGGGCCAAAUCCAGAGCCAGAACCAAAAGGUAGCUAAGGCUUGGGUUGACUGGGGCUAACUGAGAUGGAUUUGGACACAGGGCCACCACCCACUGGCAAGGAGUAUAUAUGUUGGGGAACCUGGGGUUGGGAGAAGUGAAGCAGGAGCAUUUGCCAGCAAGAUUUGAGUCUUGGUCCUCACUAUGUCCUCCUUUUGCAUGAGUCUCAAGUCAGAUCUACAGAGAAGAUUUUGGGUUGUGGAGAGGAGUUUUUCUUUGUGAAGGCCAUGUACUGGAGGGACCCACCACUCUUGGGACUUACUCAGAUGACCUCGAGGGGGUCACCCUGCCCAACAACAUGAUUCCUCAGCACUCUGGCUUUCAGGGAACCCAGGCCAUGUGACCAGUUCUGAUCUGGGCAGGAGAAGCCCUACCAGAACGGUGGUGGGGAUCUGGCCAUGCGGGGGGACACCUUGCUCUGGGGCUCCCUUGGGCUGAUCAUGGGGCAGCAAUGCCACAGCCUCACAGGGUGUCACAAGAGGUUGUGCCAUCUCCGUCCUUGGAGCUUUGCAGCACCAGACUAGAUCAAGCCCUAAGCAAGGUCAGACCCCAUGGCUGACCCUGCUUGGAGCAGGGACUGGGAUUAGAGACAUCUCUCCCCUCCUGAUUUACCAUGAGACCCUGUGCUGCUGGGGCUGAGUGGGGACUCCUCCAUGUGAAGGAAGGGGCCAAAGGCAGUACCUAGAGUCCUAUAGCAUCCCAAACAGGACCAGGGCCUCUUCUUCAGCUAUGAAGCCACGUGGCAAGGCACAGCUCACCCCUAAGGGCAUACCCCCAAGCAAGGUGGCCUAAUCCAUACUGGGGCCAUCCCUUGCCCCUGGGAGAGGGGUGGCUGGCACAGGCCAUGUCAUCCAGGACACAGACACAGUCCAAGCAACUGCGGGACAGCUUGAACCUCUAAAUUUGUUAGGAUAGACAUUGACCCAGGGCUCUCUGGAGCCCCAUGUGAGCCUCUGCACUCUGCAGUCCCAGUCCCUUGAGCAUAUCAGGAAGAGUUGUCUCCUUCUGGCCACCCAUUGACCAUACCCAGCUUGUAUGUGGUGGUGGGCUUCAGUAGGAAGAUGUUUAGGUAGCUCCCAGGUCCUGUCUGAUCUUCCUGGCCUGGAAGAGGAAUAAGGGGAUGGUUUCUUCAAGUCACGCUUGCAUUUUGUCAUUGUAUUCUCACCCGGUGAUGUUGCUAUUCCAUGUAAAAGUUGACAGCUGCACUGUAAUUCCCAUUCUGUAUUGGAGGGCUGUUAUCUGGAUGAGACAGGUACAGCGGGGCUGUGCCUAUGGAGAAGCUCCAGUUGUAACAGGAAGGGCGAAGAGCAGAGCCUAAUCCCAACCCCAGCCAGGGACUGAGCCAGAGGACGUGCAUAGCCAUCAAAAAGCCAUCAAUAAAAUCAGAGGGACCAGUCCAGCAUCAAACCACAAGACCCAACAAAGCAGUUUAGGGCCCCUGAUGAGUCUGCGUGCCUCUCUUCUCUGCCCAGAAAGCACUACCUGCCCACGUGUACGCAAAGAUCUUGCAACUGUUAAUGAGGCUUUUGCAGGUAGACUUGUGCACCUUUUGGUCAUGAUUUCUCCUUAGCCUGGAGCAGUUCAUCCCUCCAUCAGCUUGUCCUUGGUGUCUGAUCCUUGUAGUCGUAAUUUUAUCUCCUUGUUUUCAACUCUUAGAGCUGUACUGUUAAUCAGUGGCUGCUCUCUCAAAAAGUUGAUAUGUAGCAGGGUCUGACCAAACAGCUCUCCCCUUGCCAAGCCACAGCCACUUUAUCCUGGCACAUGGUGUCCAAAUUUCAACACUGGCCAGUAACAUCUUGAGCAGCAGCUGGACCACAUGGCUCUAUCUCUUGAGCUAAAAGAGCUUCUCAGUGGACUUGCUUCCAAUCAGCAGACUCUUAAUUUUCAGUGCAGACCAUUGCUAACAUAUAAUGUGUGCAUUUGUAGGCCAGUGGGUUGACUAUAUGGGAGGGGUUUGCCCCAAGACCAGGAGAUAAGAAGCCGUCAUUUUUCUUGUCGUUCUUUGGGUGACACGAGAUUUUAUCUUCAGGUGGGACAAGGGGUUCAUCUGAACUCUCUGUAUCCCGCUUUCUUUCCGGCUUGUGAAAUGAAGAUUUUUAGUACUUGUUUCUCAACCCCACAGACGUGGCAUGAGGUAGAAUGAAUUUACAUCGAAUAAUGCAAAGAGCUCUUUUGAGUCUGCAUGCAACAGCUGGGCAGUGUGCAGUGCUACCCCAUUGCCAUGCCCAGCAUUACACACAACACUGCACAUCCCUCUCUGCAAAACUCAUGAAAAAACCCUCGUUCGUAAUUACCAAGGUGGAAAAAUCUUGGCAGGUUUUUCUCCUGAGCGAGGGGGCGGGGGGAAAAGCCAUUUGCACAGUUUCAGCAUUCAGCUGCCACAUUGACCCUGAAAACACCACCUUUUGUUUGAGAGCUCUUUGGACGUGGUGGCUGACCCCCACGUGGUGGGGGUAGGGAGCAGGACCCUGGGCUCCAUGGGGAGCCCACCAAUGAAUCCCAUAGGGUUAGGACCAAACCUUUAGAGUAGUUAUGUCCCACUCAACCCAGCCCUUGGCGAAGUCAAUGGGUCCCCGUUGACUUUGGGCAUCAUUGAGUGGGAACAGACCUGGCCAAAUUAGGGUAGUUUUCUCCAUUUAUUUCUUAACCUGCUGCGAGGUGGGGGUCAGGGCCCUGGCUUUGAAGCCAUUGCGUCGGCAGCCAAUUCGCAGGGAUGUUUUGUGUGUUUCAAAGCCUAUGACUGUUCCUAAAAAGGAGUAUUUUUAAUUUUUUUUCCCAUUUGUAGAAGGAAGGACAAGAGUAAUCUGUGGCAAACUGUACAGUACGUGUCUUCUUGUGGUGUCACUGUUUGAAUGGUUAUUAAGUUUUCAAAUCACUGUGGACAGCUAAUCACUUAAGUUAUUAAUUUAUUCUUUGGGGUUUGUUGGGGUUUUUUUUAAGUAAUUUGAAGCAAUUAUUUAUCCUGUAAAUCAGUCUUGAGUGAAGCCUAGAUAAUACUUUUUUUGCUGUUAAUAAACAUGGUACAUGCCUGA